AUGGGGAACUUUACCUUCAUAGCUGCUUUACUCUGCACCUUCAGUUGGAUCUCUGUCUCAGUUUCUGAGUUUCUCAUUGUGGAGGUUCAGCCUGCUCAUGAAGUCACACUGAUGUGCAACAACUACACUAGUGUGGCCGCUAACAUUUUCUGGUUCAGGAUGACCAGUGAACCCAAUAUCAGCUGUAUCUCGUCUAUGAGCAGCUCUGAUAGCAACGCUUCGCUCUGUGAUGGAUUUAAAAAUGGGAACUUUAUAAUGACAUCAAACAUCACAAACCUCUUUCUGAAGAUCAAAAGUGUGGAUGUAUCUGACUCUGGACUCUACUUCUGUGGAUGUUGCAAAGAUGGACUCUCAGCAUUGGUCAGUCCAACAUAUUUAAAGGUUCAAGGCGACAGUGAAUCUGACGAUGACAGCGACUGCACAUCUCAAAAAAAGUCUGAUGAAAAUACAAACCUGAUGGUUGUGAUUCUGGGUGGUCUGACUGUUUUGCUUGUGAUGGCCAUCAUUGGUCAGGCUGUAAAAAUCAAGAAACUUCUCAGAGCUGAUGGAGACGAAGAUCCUCAACCAAGAGAGAAUCUGGGCUCUGAUGACUUGAACUAUGCAACAGUGACUUUUUUCCUCAUUACUGGUCAUACUGCACGGACCAACGUCUUGCACAGCUCUCACCUGUAG